AUGGCGAGAUUGUUACGAUGGGCACAAGGUGCAUUCACUCGAGCUCCGGUGGCCCGUCUACAAUUCCCAGCUGGUGGCUUUGAGGUUGUUCCCUCAGGUUGCAUACUCGAAGCAGAGGGCUAUGGCGCGUUCAAGGCAGGCCACUACUGUCCCAUCAACAUUGGUGACGUAUAUUCUUCCUACCAGGUACUAGGUAAGCUAGGGUACGGCUCGACGUCAACUGUCUGGCUGGCUCGGAACCUUCGCUACGGCGGCUAUCAUGCGUUGAAAAUAUUCGCGCGGGAUCACGACGGGGCCUGUCAGAGGGAACUCCGAACGUGUAAGGCGAUUGAGGAAGCGAACCGGUCCCAUCCUGGCCACAGGCACGUCAGGAGAGCUGUGGAGACGUUUUUAAUUGAACGGGACGGGGGAAAGGAACAUGAAUGUCUUGUUCAGGCGCCACUGUGGGAUAGUUGGAGGGAUCUGAUGGAUAGAAAUGCUAGCGGCCGGUUCUCCGUAGAGCUGCUGAAGGGUGGUCUACAACACAUUCUUCUUGCUCUGGACUACCUUCACACUGAAGCGGAUAAUGUACUACAUGCAAUAAUCGAUGAUGGAAUUUUCGAGUCAUUUGUCAAGGAAGAAAUGGAAACGCCAUCUCCUCGGAAGUAUGUCGACGGGGCACCGGUGUAUAUGUCCAUACGUUUUGGGCUGCCAAAUGACUGGGGCGUAAUUGUGCUCAGCGACUUUGGGGAAGUGGUGGACGGCGAUGUUAAGCGAAAUCACUAUGCGCAACCCAGCAUGUACAGGUCACCGGAGGUCAUACUGCAAGUAGCAUGGAGCUACCCAGCUGAUAUAUGGAAUGUAGGAGCCAUGAUCUGGGACGUCUUCGAGGGCGGCCACUUAUUCCACGGAAUUGACCCCAGCCCAGAGAAAGGAUAUUAUGCCACGCGAGCCCACCUGGCAGAGAUAAUCGCACUGCUUGGCGCGCCGCCGUUAGACCUGCUCCAAAAGGGAAUCCGAAGCAAGGAAUUCUUUUCUGAAGAUGGCAAAUGGAUAGCAGAUUGUCCAAUUCCCGAGGGCAAGAGUCUAGAGAAGGCUGAGGUGGUCCUCAGCGGGAGAAACAAGGAGAUGUUCCUUGACUUUGUCCGAGGGAUGCUAACAUGGCGUCCAGAGGACCGUAAGACAGCCAAGGAGUUUCUCGGGCACCCAUGGCUGACCACAUGGGAGAUCCCCGACUGA